UUCAAAGACCUUAACAUAAGAAAAAUCGGAGUGACAACAUUUGUAUUUUGAAUCCAAUAUCCAGUGACAGGCCGAGAGAAUUCUGCACGUGGGGUGUUGUAUUGUCUCUCGACUAGAGAGCUGCUUUUUAUUUGUUUGUGAAACUGUUAUAAACAGCCUUGCAGGCUCUGAAAAUGAAGCUAUUAACUCAUAACUUGUUGACAUCGCGGUGUAUGAAAGGCGUAACUGUAGGUUAUCCUCUCGGAAUAGUGGCUAAGGACAUUAAAAUUCUAGAAUCUGAAUUUAAUUCAGAAUUUGUGACCCGGCUCAUACCGAAGUUGGACUGGAAUACGCUGUGGCAUGCAGCCGACAGCAUUGGGCAUGCAGGGGACUUACCACAGACUUUAAUUGAGGAUUUUGAAAAUAAUGAAGAAUUUUUGAAAAAAGUACACCAUGUUUUAUUGGAGGUUGAAAUAAUCAAUGGAGAAUUGAUCUGCCCUGAAUCAGGGAGGAAGUUUCCAAUAAAUCAAGGAAUUCCAAACAUGUUACUAAAUGAAGAUGAGCUUUAAUUAUUUCUUCAUAAACUGUUCAUGUGUGUUGUUAUAUCUCCACUUUGUUACAUUGUAUAAUAUUAAAUUAUUUUAUGACAAGACAUAGUGUUUAUGUUACAAAAAUAAUUAAUUUUUUAAUAAACGAAAUUGUGUAUUAUGAAACAA